AUGGCAUUCUUCUCAGGCCCCCGAGCCCUCCCACCAACUUCAGUGGAGAGCACCACACCAAUCACCCAGGCGCAAGCACAAGAAUUUCUUCGCGCCUACCUAGAUCGCGCAAACACGGAUCCCGCGCUGCAACCAAACGCCGGCAUCAGCGAGCACGGCCCCAUCUCGCGAACAACCGCCUCAGCGCCAAACCUAAUUCUGCACAACCUGAAGCGCGUGCAAGCAGGUUUGGCAGGAGAGCUUCUGGGUCGCGAUCUGACUGUCGCUAAGCAGAACCCCGGUGAGGACUACACGGAAGUUGCCGCCGAGGUUGCGCCCAAGGAGGAAGAGGACCAAGAUCUUGCUAUGGACGAUGCCGACUUUGAUGGAGAGGCCGAGGCCUUUGCUGUUCAGGAAGAUGGCAUUGAUAAGGAGGAGCGCAAGCGCAAGAAGAAGGAGAGACGAUUGGCAGAGAAGAAGGGGAAGGCUCAGGCUAAGGCUGAGGAGGACUCUGAUUAA